UUCCAUUGAGAAGAAGAGGGAAAGAUGGCGUCCUCUAACAAUCCGCGCAAAUUUAGCGAAAAAAUCGCUUUGCAUAAUCAAAAGCAGGCGGAGGAGACUGCCGCUUUUGAAGAAGUGAUGAAGGACUUGAACAUCACCAGAGCCGCUCGGUUGCAGUUACAGAAGACCCAGUAUUUGCAACUAGGGCAGAAUCGUGGACAGUACUAUGGAGGCUCACUGCCCAAUGUCAAUCAGAUUGGGAAUGGCAACAUUGACCUGCCUUUUCAGAACUCUGUGCUGGACACCAGUCGGACAAGCAGGCACCAUGGACUCGUGGACCGUGUUUACCGCGAUCGUAACCGCAUCACGUCUCCUCACCGUCGCCCACUUUCAGUGGACAAACACGGUCGCCAAAUUGACAGCUGUCCCUACAGUUCAGUUUACCUCUCCCCACCGCCAGACACAAGCUGGAGAAGGACAAAUUCGGAUUCGGCCUUACACCAGAGCGCCAUGAACCCGAAGCCCCAGGAGGUGUUUUCAGGAGGAUCGCAGGAGCUGCAGCCUAAACGAGUGCUGCUGCUUACAGUGCCUGGGACGGAAAAUUCAGAGUCGGAUGCAGACAAGGAUGUACAGAAGCAGCUGUGGGAUGACAAGAAGGAUGAUGCAUCUCAGCCUAAUACCUGUGAUGUGCCAGGAAUCAAUAUAUUCCCGUCACCAGACCAGGAAUUAAGCCCGUCUGUGGUCCCAGCUGCUCACAACACUGGUGGUUCGCUGCCGGAUCUGACUAACAUCCAGUUCCCUCCUCCGCUGUCCACACCACUUGACCCCGAGGACACCGUGUCCUUCCCCUCACUCAGCUCAGCCAACAGCACGGGCAGCCUGACCACCAACCUCACCCACCUGGGCAUCAGUGCUGCAAGUCAUGGGAUCACCGCGCCCUCUCAGCCGUCCAUGACUGUAACGGGCCAGCGCAGGCAGCCACCUGUGGUGCCACUUACUCUCACCUCUGACCUCCACCUCCAACAGUCCCCACAGCAGCUCUCACCCACGCUCUCCUCACCUGUUAAUAUUACACAGGCUUUGCAAACAGAAACAUUAACUUUGGAACAGCAGCUUUCCCAGUAUCCCCUGUUCAACCAGCUGACGCCUCAGGCCCAGGCUCAGCUACUCAGUGACCUCCAGAAACAGCCGGCGCUGCCACAGGGCAUCCAGCUCAUCGCUCUGCCCACUCUGGCCUCGUCUGGGACAGCCACUGCAAGCAGUCCCUCCCCGGACAGCCAAACCACCGCCAGCAUGAGCAUCAGCUCGUAUCGCAAUCAGACUGGCUCACCAGCCACUCAGUCUCCAACCUCCCCAGUCUCCAAUCAAGGCUUCUCCCCUGGAGGCUCGCCUCAACACAUUCCUGUGGUGGGCAGUAUAUUUGGCGACUCCUUCUAUGAUCAGCAGCUGGCAUCGAGGCAGACCAAUGCACUCUCUCACCAGCUUGAGCAGUUCAACAUGAUUGAAAGUCCCAUCAGCUCGUCCAGCCUUUUCAGCCAAUGCUCCACCCUCAACUACACGCAGGCGGCCAUGAUGGGCCUCACCGGCAGCAGCUUACAGGACUCGCAGCAACUCAACUACAGUAGCCAUGGCAACAUCCCCAACAUCAUUCUAACAGUCACAGGUGAGUCUCCGCCCAGCCUCUCUAAAGAGCUGACCAACUCUCUGGCGGGUGUUGGUGAUGUCAGCUUCGAUGCCGACUCCCAGUUCCCCCUGGAUGAGCUGAAGAUAGAUCCACUCACACUGGACGGACUGCACAUGCUCAAUGACCCCGACAUGGUGCUCGCUGACCCCGCCACAGAGGACACGUUCAGGAUGGACAGGCUGUAGCGAGGCUGUGUUGGAGCAAAGAGGGAAAAACAAAAACACUAACGUGAGUGAAGAGAAACAAAGGGCAGGAUGAACCCUCUCUCGUUGCAUGGCCGUCCAGCUGUAUAACUCUUUGAAAGAUGCGCCACCAAAAAACACAAUGGGGAAAAAGUCGUCCAUUGGCUUGCAACGGGAAUGGCCUCGCUGUUGUUUUGAUAAAGAUUGGUUGCUCGGCGCUUUUGCUAGCCUACUCUUGUUUACAGUGCCCCAUUACAUGCCACAUAUAUUUAAAAAAUGCACAUUAUAGCCAUUUUCUUUUCAUAUCCACAUUCAUUUUAAUCUUUUUUGCUUGUAGCAGGAAGCUGCUAAUUUAUUGGGUAAAAUAAUUGUUUUGGCUAUGUAUAAAAGAGGAGAAAAAUAAACAACAUAGCCGGUUUACUUACUACCCUUCAAUGAAACAAGUUCUCCUACCAUAGCAUGAUGACUUUCUUUUUGACACUCAAAGCUUUAUUUUUGACAACCAAAUGUUAUUUUCAUCUUGUACAUGUUUUUAUGCUUUGUGUAUUUAUGUUUUAUUUAUUUAUUUAUUUAUUUGGUCAAAGGGUUGAUAUUUUAUAACUUAAAUUUGAUGCCAAAAUGUCUGUAGGUGGAGUGUAAAAUUUCACUGAUGUAAUUAAUUACAAACACGUAAAUGUUUUUUUUAUUAUUAUUUUAAGCUUUUACUUGGGAAACGAAGGAGUGCAAAACCUCCCCAUAGUUGCUCUUUUGGUGUUAGUUGUGCCAUUAUUUAAUAUUGUGCUGCAGUCCAACAAGCAAAUCUAGAAAUCAGUUCUAAGCACCACUUCAGGUGGACUUUACUGGGAUUACCACUCAUCAGGAAUUUCAAUUUAACCAAAACUAAAGAAAAGUUCAUCAGAAUUCAUUCUCAGCAAGAAAAAAGCCAUUAUAUACACUAUAUUGCCAAAAGUAUUCACUUAGCCAUCCAAACAAUUUAUUUCAUCUGUUCCAAUCACUUCUGGGGCCAUGUGUGUAUACAAUCCCUUAUUUAGGCAUGCAGGACACUUCUACAGACAUUGGGGAAAUAUCCAAUUUGUCAUUCUCAGGAGCUAUGAGUUGUGGCUUUAUAGAAAAUCACCUGAAUAAUAUGUCCAGUUGUGACCACUUUGCUGACCACUAAAUAUUCCUCUCAACUUGUAGCAGUAUUACAAAAGUGGAAGUAGCUCAGCCAGAAGUGGUAGGUCAAAUAAAAGGUGCACUGCAUUCAGAAAUCACCAACUUCAAAUCCUUCAGAUUAGCUCAGUUCCUAGAACACUUCAUGAAAAAGGUUUUAAUGGCUGAGCAGCUACAUCCUUCCCAUAUAUCAUCAAGUGUAACAUACAGAAUCAGAAGCUUUGCUGUCUGAAUCUGGCAGUUUGUGUCAGGUGUAAAGUUUGGUGAAGAGUUGAUACUCUUAGUUCCAGUGAAAGAGCUUGAAGCACUUCAGGAUACGGAAGUGAUUUACUUUCCAUUAGCAAACACUACUCUUAAUUUUAGUUUAUAGUUGCGGGCACUUCAUGUAACAUUGAUUUUAGACACUUUCAAGUUUGUUUUGUAAAAUAAAAAUGUUUCUACCACAGCUUACUACUGUUGACAGCAGCCAUGUUGAAACUGGAAGUCAACUUUACAAAUCUCUUUGAGUGGGAAGUGUGUCUUCAGGGGGCAUUGACGUUGAUUUUUCAGACUGGGAAGUCAGAAUUUCCGAGUUCUGACUACAAAUGGAACACACCAUUAUCGUCCAGCAACAGUGUCUGGUCUCACAAAUAGACUUUUGAAAGAUUCACAUGAACACACUCCUAAACCUUGUGGAAAUCCUUCCCCUAAGAAUCACAGCCAAUAGAGCUGCAAAAGGCAGGCUGACAAAAUAAACCCUGUGAAUGAACUAUGGGAUGUCGCUCAAGGUCAUAUAUAUAUAUUAAGAGCCAAACAAGGAAAUACUGAUGGCAAUGUAGUUUAUAUUUAAGCUGAGAAGUUCACUUGAAAAAUAACACAUUUGUUUUUAAACCAGAGAACAUUCAAAUCUGAAUAUUUUUCAGUCACUGUGAAAUCACCUGAUUUUGCCUUACAGUAAUAUUCUGCUGUUCUACUUCAGUGUUUUAUGUGACGACGUAUUUUCCUAACUGAAUAUUUGACCUUUUCUUGUAUUUGAGACAAACUUUGGUCAUUCAGUAAUCUUUGUGGUUAUGUAAAGUGUAAACAAAUCGAUGUACUGUAUUUUGUAGCUGUACACUUGAUAGCCAAAUUGUCUUUUUGUUUUUUACGUGGGACAAAAGGAAAACAGGAGGGAAACAAAAUGUCCAAGAAAUGAUGUAAAGAGUGCAAUUAUGGGGAGGCUUUAUGCUCCUUUACAGGGGGUCUCUAACAAAAACGCAACUAAAGUUAGAUACAGAGAGACGAAUCCGAAGUCAAGUGAAGUGUUUUAAGAUGCACUGUAAGAUUUUUAAGAAACUUCUCUUGAAGAAUGUUUAUAUCCUCUGUUUAGAUGAGGUGCAUAAAAGCUAGCUUAAGAUCUCUUUAAGAUUAACGCUUAAGUGUAAUUAUGUAAAAUGUGCAAUGUUUCAAAAACUCAAAUCUGCCUUGUUCGUUCAGUCUCAGAAGCAGCAGAAAUGGCUUCAGAAACAAACACUUCACAAAUCUUUCUAGCCAAACCGUUCACAUUGUCAUCUGCAAUGAGUUCUGAUCUUUGUUGCCAAAAUGUUUCCAGUUGUACGGCUGAUGUUGACAACACUACCUUCGCAUUCAGUGCCAACUGGUCCGCCUCAGCCUUUUUGUCAGAGUUUCCCUGAAAGGCUUCUGUAGAUUUUUGGGAUCAUUUUUGGCUAACUUUAAUGUUCAGGUGUAAAUGUGUUGAAAUUUUUACGGACUGUCUAAACACACCCAAGAUGGGAAUUACACCUGGGCGGGUUGUGUGGUUUAAAGCGUUCAUUGUGUCCAGUAGACAGCUCCAUCAGCAGUUUUGUUUGCCUUCAACACACCCUGACUCCUAUGCAAAUGAGAUGACAAAAAAAUCUAUGGAACUUAAAGGAAAAAUCCAACUUUUUCCAUAUGCUCAGCUGGAUUUAUUCUUCUGAAGCAGAACAUUGGAGGUGUUUUUACUUAAAUAUGCAUGAAACUCCUCUGAAAGCUUUGACAGACAUGGUCAUUGUGAGCUGCUUUUUGUAAAAAAAAACAAAAAAAAACAACCUAAUUGUAAAGGCUUUCACUGAAAACUUUAUUUGGCCCAAUUUCAGCCAAAAAUCUAUUGGUUGUACUUUGUAAAAUAUGACAAAAAAGGCUAGUUUUGAUGUUUGAGUGCAGAACGGGAAAGUUUUGGUGGCGGUAUGACAAUCAAAGACCAAAAUUGUGUUUUGAAAUGUUGACGUAAGAGAAAAGUUUCUACGCUGAAGCAUAAAUCCAGCUUUAAAUUAAUGCUUGAUGUUGACUUCUUCUUUUUCGAAAUGCUUAUGUUUUGUGGACAGUAGGGUUACUCAGUUAUGAAAAAAAAAUCAUGAUUAUAACAAUUAUUUGAGUUUGACCACAUUUUUUGCACAAGCUUUAGCUCAAAAGUUUUAUAUAUUUUUCUGAAUUUUAUAUUUUGCAUAGUAGCCAAUCUUUUUUUCACCUAAGACAUGUCUAAUCAAAUGAUUGAUAUAUAUGAUUGGGAUAUAUGUAUCCCAAUCAGAAAUGUCUUUAAAUUUUAGUGAACAACAGCUAAACCUGACUAUUCACUAACAGACAGGUGGCUGCAGCGACAAAUACUGUCUCUAUCAUGUUCUUCAAUUGCUAACAUUGUUGCAGAGAUUUAAAAACCAUGUACUUCCAUGAUGUUCCAGUUUUAAAAUUGAUUUUUUUUUUGGAAAUCAGGAACACUAGAAUAUAUGACAGUAAAAUAAAUUAUCUUUUGUGUGAUUGUUUGGAGCCAAGAUUGAAUUACUAAUUUGAUUAAUUGUACGUCCUCACUGGACAGAGCACUUAUCUCUGCUCAGUAAGCUGAUAUCCAAGUUUAGCUGCCAGCUGUUAUUUAUGAUUAAACUUAAGACAUAGUUACCUAGAAACAACUCCAUCACCAAUGUUGGAUUUUUUCUUUAAGCCUAGACAUUUUGUGCAGAUGUUCUGUUUCCAAAGGUUUGCGUACAUAAGACUUUGCUGUUGUGAUGCCAGUGAUUGGAGCUUCACCCCAGUCCCUCAUCCAGCUGCAGUCAUUCAAAUGGACUUUGUACAUAAAGCUGCAACAAAAUGCAUGACUAAACGGACAGUCCAGACCUCUAAACGAAGGCCUUCCAUAGCUCUGCAGGUUUGAUUUGUGUAACAUUAUGCUAACACAAACCGUCUAAAGGGAUGCAUGUUAUGAGUUUCUUCCUGUGCAACAGUAAACUCCUGUUAAGUGACUCUGUUACCUCCAUUUCUGUAUGAUGCUACUUCACGAAUGAUACAAGAAUGUAACUUCUGUGGCAGUGUUGUGGGUUUAGCCCAAUGAGCUGAUGUUUGGAGUGUUUGGUUCUGUCCCAGCAAGUCAAGGCUCCCCUCACCCCAUGAAGAAACUGACUGUUGCUUGUACCGCUCUCUCUUCACACUGUAGCAUCUCUCUGCAGUCGAUUGUGAAAGACCCUUUUUCAAACAAAUAGGAGAUGCCGCCCUGUAAAUGUUCCAGAUUGGCACGUGCUCUGAUUGUUUGCAUUUGUGGACCUCUGAAGCAUCUACAUUAUGCAGUCAGCUGCAUGACAUGAUUGACACAUUUAGCAGGUUCUUAUCCCAUGCUAUGUACUGGAUCUUAAUCUUGCUAUGCUAAAGUGGAGCGUGUUUUAAGACAUGUUUAUUUGUUUUCUGAUGUUGCCUACCAUGUUUGGUUCUGGGCUGGAUAAAGUGAACUGUUUCUGUUACUGUGCAAUGUUUUAGUCCACUAGUUGCUUCGCACUUUAACUGUGACUCCCUGAUGUUUGAGCUGGGACUGUUCAGCCCGAUGUGAAUGCUGACAGUUUCAUAGCAGAGAUAUUUUAAUGUAAAAGAAAAAGAUGGAUUCUCUAUUUUCUUUUGGGAACUACACUUUGGCUUGUCCUGUUUGCUUUUUUCUCUGUUUUUGUUUGAAGCUGUUAAAACUUUUAGAAGAUGCAAAAUCAGAAAGGGCUUAUUCCGGUGCAGCUUACAUUCUAAUGUUGGAACUGAACAAAGGAUAUUGCUUUUGUGUUUCCGUGCUUCUAUGUUCCCCUGUUUUAUAAACUAAAUCUGACACGUGUAAAAAUACGUGUUGAGGAACAUGCUUUAAAUUAAAAAUUGUACAGAACUGAAAGGAGACCUGAAAUUGAUCACUAUCUCUUAAUUCUUCACAGAUUUUGUUGAGGGAGAUGUUGGAUUAAGCACCUUCUCUUGUAUUUUCAGGGUUCCUACAGUCUGGAAAAGUAUCGAAAAAUAAAUUGGAAUAUUUCUGCAUUUACAAACUGUCUCUUAGAACUUUCAAAAUACGUCCAUACAUUUAUCUGUAUGUCUGUGUGUCUAUCUGUUUUUCCUUCCUUAUGGAAGAAAUAUAGUGUCAUCAAAAUACUUUUUUUGGAUGUUGAAUUUAUAACAGACUUUUUAUUCUGUUCAGUUAUGAAUAUGAUUAUUUUUUUUAUAUUUUACUUUAAAUUCACCAGUAACAAUUAACCCUAAGAAUUUUGCUUGUUAGGCUCAUUUGAUCACAUGAUAUAAGUACAUUGAUUGGCUAAAAGUUGCUCAAUAAAAGCUGUUGAUUGCUUUGGCUUGGGUCACCAAAAGGUCACUACAUUUACAGGCAAAUUUAAAGUAAAAGAAAAAUUUGCGUACGUAGUUGCACAGAAUAAGAAUAUUGUAAUUUAAAGUUGAUGUCUAAAAUACGUCCGAUUCUAAUGAGACUAUAUUUCUUACACAUCACACAUCUCCGUUACUCUUUUUGUAUGUUAUAUAUUGGACGUGUAACUUGACCUCUGUAGAAAUACCUUAUAUAAGUAUAUAGUGUAUCUCAAUGUUCUGUGUUUUAAUAUGAGCCAAAAAAGAUUAAUUGAUAUUAAACAUUUUGAUCUGAAAAACAUGCAGGAAACCUGAUUUUUACUAUGUAUAUAAGAUUAGGAUUAAACUUCCAGGGAUUGUGUUUUCCCUUCAAACAUAUGAUGAUGCAAAAGCCAACCAAACCUAAACUUGCGAAAUGAUGAGACAUGCUAAAAGUUUGACUUUUUUUCACCAGGCAUGUUUGGAUUUUGAAUAUUUGUACACUUUUAAGAUAAAACUUGGUGAAUUCAAUUCUCUCAUUGCAUCUGCCUGAGGUCUGGUUGACCAGAAUAUUGAGCUGGGGAACAUAGAACAAUGGAAACAUAAAUGUGAUCUAUUGUACCUCGGUUUUUAUGUUUCAAUACUUCAAAAAAGAAAAAAACCCCAAAAAACCUUGGAGUAAAUUCAAGAGUUCCAGCUCCUACUGGGACUUUCCCUUGCUUCCUUAUUUACUUGUAAUCUCAAAAUCAUUACACUCAAACAGCUUGUAUUUGCAUCUACACAAACUGUUACUAAGUGUACUAUAUGCUGUUACAAUGCUUCACAGAAGUAGCUUGGACUGUAAAGUAAUGGUUGUUCAGUUUGUCUUACAUCUGGACAUAUGAAACAUUACGGGGCAGAUAGAUUCAUACAGGAGACACUAGUGUGGCAUUAGUUAUCAGCAAAUGCAGCACUAGGACUUGAUGUCAGAUUUGGCAGCUUGUUAACUUUAUUUAAGAGGUACAAAAAGUCUCUUAGAGUAAAAGCAAGAUUAGAAUUGAAGAUGAAAGCUUUUACCUGACUUGUUUUUGUUUUGUUUUUUACCUCUACACAUCUUAAAUUUUACUUUAGACUCUUGUUUUAGACAAACUCGUAUUACGCUGCAGCACAACAAUCAGGUUGUGUUUAAAGAACAUUGAAGAUGGAUUAUGUAUUUUGUCUGUAAAAGAGAAAAUGUGUCCAAGAUUUGCUGCUCAGUCAGAAAAUUAUGUCCCUUUAAUAACCAGGGGUUACUUUUCAUUGAAAUCUAUAUGACAGGAUCUAGAAAUACAGUUUUAUGUUCCACUUUAAGCUUAUCGUGAGAAUAGCAUUAUAUCACUGUUGUCCUGUAAGUUGUAGUGAGACCUGUAGGUAUUUAUUUGUUGCCAUGUGAUUCUCUUUUAUGUGACCAUUUGUUUUUAUAAAGCUGAAAGAAAACCCUUGAUUAAAUUGAAUGUGAAGGACAGAA